AUGGGACAGGCAUUCUCUACAGCAAAUGUCUCCUUCUGUCGCACAGAUAUUCCCGCAAGUGUUCUCAGCAUCCUGGGAGGAUGGGACUACGACCGUAUUUGCAACGCAUGGGCUUCACUUAUCGCUAGUGACCAGGCUCACACGACGCCCGCCGGAACGCCUCAUGCAUUCCUUGCAGACCUCGCAAGGCUGCAGCGCGUCACGGGCCUCAGCAAAAGCGAGGCCGAGCAAAUUGGGCAGCUUUUCAGUAUCCGCAGUACGCCCACGCCCAGCGCUGCUUUGACUGCAUCAAGGAAGCGAACAGAGAUCCACAGGCAGACAACAACCGAGGCGACGGCAGAAGCGGCGGGGAGCGCAAUAUAUCCAUUACUCGAGAUUCUGGUGGUGACUGUUGUUCUGGGGAACCUGCAAAGGCUUACGAAAUUGGUGCUGAUCUUUUCUCUUUUCGACGUCAAGGGAGAGGGCAGGCUAACAGAGGCUCAAUUCCUUUUAAUGUGUUACUUUGUGUUCCGGGGUCUCGCAAAGGCAGUCAAGCGUCCCAUUCCUGGGUAUUCUUCGAUUGAGCCUCUUGUGCUUUCCACUUUCGACGACCUCCAAGACCUACAGUGUGGUAAAGGUCACUCUGCUGUUGGUAGCAGGGAAGGGGGGCACGAAAACCGAAACACCUGUGCCGUGGCUGCUGUUCAAGCGCGGCUUGUCAAUGACGGUUCGUGUCCGGGAUAUGUCCCUCAGCGGACAAACUCAGGUUCCGUUAGGCCCUUCGGUAGUAGGCGGAUGAGUCAUGGAGAAGCGGAGAAGACUGCGGCACUUGUGGAGAAGUUGUUCGUUGAAAGCGAACGGAAGCAAAUGCCACAGCUGUGUUGCAGGAGAGAGAUGACUAUUGGCGAGUUCAUCAAGCUCACUCUAAAACCCGGAAGUGCAAUAGAUAUGGUUUUUAAGGGCCUACAGAGUGAAUGCGCGCUGAGCGUAGCUUCUUACCUGGCUUUCAGACAGUCCCAUCAGUUUCAGACGCGUCUCUUCCAAAACGUUUUCCUCGUCCACCAAUGGCUACAGGACAGGGCUGCGCAGCCCACUUCCAACCGACACAUUAGGUUGACAAACCUUGUGUCCGUCUGUCUGGACCUGGCUGAGAAGUCAGCGGAUAUCGUCAGGGAGGUCUAUAAUGUCAUCGCAACGGACAGGCGGAUGGCCCUGCAGGGCGUGGUACACCUCGAGGUGCCCCCCCUCUGCGAGACAGGCAGUACGGAGUCUCAAAUGGGUCAGGCUCGUAGAAUGUCCAGUGCCGACUUGGUCGCCGGCGACGGAGACGACGAUGCCGCCUCCGAGGCUGACGCCGCGGACAUGUCAAGAAAAGAUAGAUCCAAGAUUCCUGCGUACAUUCUCACAGACCUCUUGGUCGACCACCACAUGCGCCGCCAGCUGAAAUACUGGUGGCCCGACCUGCGGAUUCAGAGUGCGUCUGACGGGUUUCCCCAGAAGAACCAGGUUUUCAGGAAGCUCAUGGAUGUCUUCUCUAGCCGGCUUUUCGGUAACCCUGUUUACGGGGCUGCACGGCUAAAGUGUCGCAUCACCUAUGUUGAGGAACUGAAGAUUCAGUCAGUCAUUCAGGGAGGACAAGAACCAUGGAUCGAAAUAUCGGCGACCCAGGGAUAUGACUGCGGACGAGGUCCGCCUGUCCGCGUGAUGGGAGAGGCAAAAAUGCAACCAGUGGCCAUUUGUGGAGAUGGCGGAUUUAUGAAGUUGAAUGAGGAGCUCGACAUCGAGCUUCCUGAUGUCCGAGACAAUUAUUAUAUCAUUCUCGCAGUCAAAUGCAAGGUUUCGGAUAGUGAUGUGGUAACCGUGGGGCACGGUUCAGCGCUUCUCUGCGACGUCGCCUCCACAAAGGGGUGGAUUGACACUACUUUCCACCUUUCCCCCUCGAAUUCCCCUCCCAUCUACUUUACUUCUGAACGGCCUCGAGUCGCAUGCUCCUUUCUACUUGAGUUGGCGCGUCCUCCAGCGUCAGGGGGGGUAUGUGUAGAAUGCAGCCCAUCCCGCCUAAAUGGCUUGGAUUUGAUUGUCGGUGACGUGGUCCACGUCGACGAAUGUACUGUCUCCCUCCACCUUGAGAAUGGCCACCAUUCAUUCUCCACCAGCGACGCUAAUGAUAUGUCUUCAGUGGCUGUCUCGGUAGGCAUCGCCUACCGUGGGAAACCAGUGGCAGGCAUCGCAUAUUUUCCUUUUUCAGAGCCUCUGUGUAUGGUAAGUUUCACGGAGUACGGCGUCCUUUCUCCUGCAUUUUGGAAAGAUCCGACUGUGUCGCGAAUCGAAGUCCCUGCAAGGCCACCUAGGCAGACCAAAGACAGGCGCCAAUCCGUUGAGCGCAGGCGCGAUUCCUCGAGUAUGCGGCUCAACAUUUCCGGUGGCGAGUGGGGUAGCCAACAGCGAACCGACAGCAAAGAUAGCGUAGCUGCAAAAGCCUUGCAGUUUCUUGCCGGGGAUCGACGGAGUACUGCGCCCCCUAGUAGAGCAAGGUCAACUGGAAACAGCCUCAACCCUCACCCACUUCCGCAGACGUCCACGCGCAGGCGAAAUACCAGCGAGACUUCCUCGCCGUCGCAGUCUGGGCGCUCGCCGCCAACGAGGCCCUCCAGUUUCGGCAAAAUUCUGACACAGAGUCGUUGCGUCAUUCCCACUGGGCAUGUCCCUAUUUCUCUGCGAUACCUUGACGCUAAUGAAUGUUUCCUCCAACCAGAGGAAAAACACACCCGUGAACGUCCUAUAAUUCUUUGCUCCGGCAAGGGCGGAAUUGGUCGGAUCAAGCCAUUAUUGAGAGAUCUUGGCAACGGGAGUGCUCUCGAGAUCGCUGCGGGGAUGCCGCUUAAAGUUGCUCGUUUAGUCAGAGGCGAAGGUGACAUUGCGGUUGAGUUCAACGCUGCAAGACUUUGGGCGCUUUGCGGAAGUGACGCUAUCCUGCGCAGCGUGGGUGGCUGCCUGGUCGACGAGUCCGGCGCUGAACUGCUGUAUGACAAUACUUUACUGAAAGUCAGCCGUACAGACGUCUUUGCAGCCGUCGACCGCAAGAUUAUCAAAGCGACCUUCUGUGGUGGCGGUCCUGCUAAGACGUGA